AUGACCAGUCCGCUGAAAAAGAAGAGAAAAGUUGAUUCGACUGUGCCACCACAGAAUACUCGGAGCAUUGCUUCAUAUUUUGGUGCUGCGGGAAAAAAAAUUCCACCGCAAAUUCCUAGCACUGAGCAUGCUCAGCUUACGGAUGAGCAGCUGGCUCGGAAGCUUCAAACGGAAUGGAAUCAACAGGGCCAGGAUGAGUCUAAAUAUUCUAGUCCUAGUAAUAUAACAACGGAAAACCUGCAGCAGGAAAAACCCCGGGUGCCUGAUGGAGGAGCUGAUUCUAUCCCAAGCACCGACAAUACCGGUAUACCUAAUACCCCAACUCUUAUAUCCAGCAAAGAGAAUAAGCCCAAGGGGAUAUUAGCUUUACAGAGCUCCUCAGCGGCGGAAGAUACUAUAUCAUUUUCGCUGCCUUUUGAUCUCAGUCCGUUGGAAUUCGAUCCGCAUGAGCAAAAGGAAAACCUCCAAGCACAUUGGGAGGCGGAAGGCGGGAAAGCAUCAUAUGCCAUUUUGGCUCGCGCCUUUUCCCUUGUCAAUGGCACACAGAGUAGGAUCAAAAUAGUCGAUAUACUUGUGAAUGUUCUCAGGCUUAUUAUCGUGGGUGACCCUCAGAGCCUACUGCCUGCGGUAUGGUUGGCAACAAAUGCAUUUGCUCCACCAUAUGUACCAAUUGAAUUGGGUCUAGGAGGGUCUGCCAUAUCCAAAGCUUUGAAAAAGGCUUACGGAUUGGAUAACCAAGGCCUCAAAUCACUAUACAAUAAACAUGGCGACGCUGGUGAUGUGGCCUUUGAGGCAAAGAAAAAACAGUCAUUCACGCUAAGACGACCAAAACCGUUGACUAUCAGAAGCGUAUAUGACGCCUUAAUGAAGAUUGCAAACAGUAAAGGCACCGGAAGCCAGGAGGCAAAGCAGAGAAUUGUUGAGAAGUUACUCCAGGAUACUCGAGGUGCAGAGGAGAGUCGAUACAUCGUCCGUACGCUUGUUCAGCAUCUCCGGAUUGGUGCUGUUAAAACGACGAUUUUGAUUGCACUUGCAAGAGCGUUUCUUUACUCAAAGCCACCAACAGCCACUUUUUCCAUACGUUCGCGCGCAGAGUUUACGAGCUUGAGUAAAGAGGAGCUAUCAAGUAUCUACUCUCAGGCGGAAGAGACUAUCAAAACUUGCUAUGCACGGCAUCCCAACUACAACAUGAUUGUUCCGUGCCUAUUGGAAAAUGGAGUUUCUGCUGAACUUCUUACAAAGUGCGGGAUCACGUUGCACAUCCCUUUAUUGCCUAUGCUGGGUAGCAUUACCAGGGACCUUCCGCAAAUGUUAACUAGGCUACAUGGCCGAUCAUUUACCUGCGAGUACAAGUAUGAUGGACAAAGAGCACAGGUACAUUGUGACGCAUUGGGGAAAGUCUCCAUUUUCUCUCGCCAUCUAGAACUCAUGACAGACAAAUACCCAGAUUUAGUGUCUCUUGUUCCUCAGAUUCGAUCGGGGGCGGUCUCUAGCUUUAUCCUGGAAGGUGAAGUGGUUGCUGUUAACAACGAAACUGGGGAGCUACUUCCUUUCCAAACACUCACUAAUCGGGCGAAGAAAAAUGUGGAAAUAGGUGAUAUCAAAGUCAAUGUCUGUUUAUUUUCAUUUGACUUGAUGUACCUGAAUGGACAAUCACUGCUGGAAAGGCCGUUUCGGGAAAGACGUGAGUUUUUAAGGAGCUUGUUUAUUGAAAUCCCGAAUCGAUUCACAUGGGUAAAGAGUAUCGAUGCUUUCCCAUCCGAUUCGGAUGCUGCCCUAAACUUUUUUAAUGAUGCCCUUCAAGCAAAAUGCGAGGGCAUAAUGGUGAAAGUUCUAGAUGAUAAGCCAGUUGAGAGCUUAAUACAGGCAGAAGGAGCUGCCACAGUCCCUGAUAAUGCCGAAAUAUUAUCCUUGGAAACGGAUCAGCCCCAGGCGUCUACAGAUACUGUUGCGAAGCAACGAGGGGGCCGAAAACGACCACUUCUAUCAACAUACGAGCCUGACAAACGACUCGAAUCCUGGCUCAAGGUGAAGAAGGAUUAUAGUGCUUCGUCGGAGACUUUAGACUUGAUUCCCAUUGGGGCAUGGCAUGGCCAAGGUCGAAAGGCUAAAUGGUGGUCACCAAUACUCCUUGCCGUACGAAAUCCUGAAACUGGCUCUCUCGAGGCUGUUACCAAGUGUAUGUCCGGCUUCUCGGAUAAAUUUUAUGAAGCGAGUAAGGAGAAGUACGCGGAAGGCGGAGAUAAUAUAAUCUCACGCCCAAACUACGUGGAGUACUCUGGCGAGCCAGAAGUUUGGUUUCAGCCGCAGGAGGUCUGGGAGAUGGCAUUUGCAGAUAUCACGCUGAGUCCCACGUACACUGCGGCUAUAGGACUGGUUAGUGAUGAGCGUGGCCUGAGUCUUCGAUUCCCAAGAUUCUUGAGAGUGAGAGAGGAUAAGAGCAUUGACGAAGCUAGCACAUCCGGCUAUAUUGCUCACCUUUGGGAUAAGCAGGCGGAGAAAGUAAAGGUGGCGGAGCCUGGACCUGAAGACUAA